AUGGAGACAAAUCUCCAGCACGAAGACUUGUUAAUUAAACUUCGAAGCAAAUUAAACGAGGAGAAAAUAAAAUUAUGGGAGCCACCGUACUUGAAUGCUGACGAAACAUUUUCAACAAGCUUACAGGAAUUAGCUAAGAAGUAUGCUGUUGAUUUGGCGCUUGAUCCAGAACAGGUCCUCAAUGCAUUGCAUGAGUUGCAACUUCACUCAAUGGACCGAGUAAAGGCCAAUGAUGAAUUUAAAGAGACAGGAGUGGCAACAUUCAGAGUUAAAGUAAUAACACUGAAAGAAAAGCCCAAGAUCAUAAAGAUACAGAAGAUGUUGAAUGUACUUGGAAUAGAUUUGAUAAAUGCUGUUGCUACUGAACUCGGAAUGCAAGGGUCCAGAUUGAAGCUCAUCUCCAAUGGUCAAAUAGUAAAGCGGAAUCUAAAUCUUCAGGAACAAAAUCUAAAAAAUGGCAACCAGCUGAUGGCUCUGGUUUUAGAUACAACUCCAGAGGAAGUGAAAAGAGAAGACAAAAUGUAUGUAGAGAUGAGAACAACUAGAGAUGACGCAGCCUUACUUUCGGAGUAUGUACAUGAUGUGAAUGAUGAUGACGAUGAAUAUAUAAAGCUUGAAGAUCAAUCAGGAAGGACGGUGGACCUGCCUCCUGAAGAGAGGAAAGCCUUGCUAGUGGGGAUGGCGCUUCACGAGCGAGGUCGGGCCGCUAUCAAGCAGAAAGACUAUUCACUUGCUUUGAUCUUGCUUCUAGAGGCCGAUACGCACUUCAACGAGUGCCGUUCGUCGUUGCUGCAGACCGUGGACAACUGGGGCAUCCUCCAGCUGGACAUCGCGUGGUGCUACGCCGGUCUACGAAGCGUAGGCGCGGCCUCUGAUGCUGCACAUCGCCUGGCCGCCGCCGAGCGAGCGCUCAGCGACAGCUACGGCAGGGACCAGCACCGCCUACUGGCAGUUAAGGGCACUACCGCGAACGAACGUGUUUUACUUAUGAGGCUGUACCUGUUACAAGGGAUUGUGGCAUUUCAUCAAAACAAAAGAACCGAAGCAAAGUUGCUGCUAGAGAAAGCAGAGGAAGAGUUGAAUGCUUUGAGGGUGGAUGAGGUGGCGGUGGGGCGGCUCAUGGAGCUGGGCUGGUCGCGCGCGCAGGCGCGUUUAGGGCUGCGCGGUGCCGCUGGGGACCUGGACCUGGCGCACGCGCAGCUGGCGGAGCGCGCUGCACAGCGCAAGCACACGCGUGAAACCGAGCGCAACCUGAGACAGCAGCGUCUGCUUGGUGUCUGCGACAACGGAUCGCCAGUAAUCGCAGAUUCCGUAAAAGCGUUAGUGGAGAUGGGCUUUGCGCGCAACCGUGCUAUAUUGGCGAUGCGUCGCUCCAACAACGACGUCGCAGAGGCCGUCAGGUUGCUGCAGGAUCAGCCCGAUGUGUUUGGUGACUUGUCAGAGGAAGCGAGCACGGCCAGUUCGGAAGGCUCUCCGGUCGAGAUCGACAAGGCAUUGGUGGCGGAGUUGGAGGAACUCGGCUACAAUCUUGAAGAGGCCAAGGCCGCGCUCAAACUCUGCAACAACCAAGUGGAUGCUGCAGCCGAACUGCUGCUCUCGGGAAACUUGAGCGGUGGAAACCUGCACUUUGACGAAGAUGCAGGGAACCCUUCAACAAGCACCGGCGAGGCGUCUAAUAACAAACAGAAGCAAGAUCGAGAGAAAAUGAAGCUGGAGCGCGAGAUGGCCUUGAACAGGUUGUCGUCCGCCAUCAGAACUGACGAAGAUGACUAUUUGGACACGUCCCUGUUAGAGGAGGAAGAUUACCUCGCAGAGUAUAAGUCUUUAUUGUAA